AUGGGGGCCAAGAGCAAAAAGUACGUCGUGCAGACCAAGCAGAAGCGCACCAUCACAAAGUGGCAAGUUUUAACCCUGGUACGACGGCUGGCAGUGAUUGCCGCUGCAAUUCUGUACAUUCACGUCUCCAUGAUGGCAACUUGGCACAUGAUGGAAGUGCUGCGGGAUAUGACCAACCCCACCCAAUCGUUCGCAGUGUUCACGUCUUCACUAAUCGCUGGCUACGUUGGUGACGGCCUCAUUCGAGACAGCUCACUGAUGCAGGAAGUGUUAGGUGGAGAUACCACACCUCGUGACUACAUGCUGUUCCUUGAAUCCGAGACGAAGACUUCAACCGAGGGCUGCUCCGACGUCCCGCUCUUCACUUCAGAAUUGUACAACUACCAGUUCCUGGGCCAUGGUUUCUCUGAAAUUGUGAACGACACGAGCUACAACAUCACAAUUCUCAAAGACCUGGAGCUUGUGGUGGUGGUGGUAGACUGCACCUUUACGCCACUGACGAAAGGUGAUCGGUCGGUUGUCCGGGGUUAUGACCUAAUGCGCUCCCGUCAGGACGCCAGUGAAUUGUAUUUACUCAUGGCCUCCAUGUCUGUGCCAGACUAUGAGGUACGUGCGCACCAUAAGUUUGGCCCCGGCCUGCUGGGGAUGCUCACGGUGGUCCACGACAUGCGUGAUACCGAUUUGGAGCAGUUUUACCUGGUGUCUCCGACGUACCCGUACCAGCGUUCCUUAGACUUCGAGCCCUACGAGUUCGUCAGGGUAACAGGAGGGUAUCUGGAGCUGCGUAGUGUACCCCAAGAUCUACUCACACAACCAGUUAAAUACGUGCACACAACGAGAAAACGAGGAUUCUACAAUGGUGACGUUCAGUCCAACAUCAACUUCAUGUACACGCUACUGGAUAUCGAGGACGCCAAGACCGUCAUGACCAAGUGGGAGUGGUUUGGUGAGGCUACGACCACCGACUCGUGGGCGUGGGUGCAUGGACUCCACCUCUACUUCGGGUUACAGACGAUUUCUUCGCUCGUUGUGCUGAGUAUCAUCAGUUACCACAACUUCCGCGCGGGUAAAAUCUGGAUCGGUGACCCCUUCGCCUCCGUCUCAACCACGACGUUUGUGGUGCGAGGUGUUCUGGUGUUGGUUUCCUGGUACACGGACGCCUUUUGGUCGAUAUUUGAACUAGCGAUGGCUAAUGGAGCCGCGAUGUCAGAGAACGAGAUCGUCUACAUCCACAAGGAGCUCGUGUACGCAGACAUUUUGGUCGUGUAUCUGGGUUUGGUUGCACUGAUUAGUUCAGCCAUCCGAGAGCGAAUCGACCCCGGGAUUGCGAUUUUCCUGUUUGAGAUUGUCCAGAACAACCGAUUCCAUAUUUUCCACGCGUCUUCAGAAGUUUUCAACGCGCUCGUGUCAUAUUCCGAUAGCCUCGUUCUUCUUGGCAACGAGGUGGUGCCGGAUGUGGUUGAUGCCAUUUCCCCCAUGGACUACUGGUCGGCCUUCCAGAUCCCAACGAUUGAGUUCAAGUUCAUCGCUGCUGCAUUUUUCCCUAGAACUAUUUUACUCUUCUCAAUUAUCGGCUACGCGUUAUUGAGGAAAAUCUACUGGCGCUUCUACCCCGAGGAGAUCCAUCCGCUAUCGGGUCAAACCGUGAAUCGGUCCACGAACGAGGAAGCGGCGCUGGCUCAAAAAGGCCACUUGACCAAUUUUGAGAUCUCGACCGGUGCAGAACUGCAGACGCGGUUUGGUAUUAUCUCGGACUACAACAACUACGUCUACUUUAAAGGAAUGAAGUUUGCAUCGGCAGACGGCAUCUACUGCUCGGGGUACGUAAUCAUGAACGGGAAGUUUUUGGUAAGCUCGAAGGAUUUACUGGCGAUUGCAAUGAUGAAAGUGGUCAACACGCGAUUCACGGUCGUAUACGCGUACGAAGUUGACGGCAACACGGUGAAGGAUACAGCGCGGCUGGUGUACCCCGAGACUUUCACUUGGACGGAUUUGUGGCAUUUAAACGUGUCCGUGUUGCUCUAG